AGGUAGAGAAACGUUUUGCAAACCCCUUAUAAAUACCCUAACCCCAACCCAAGAAACCCUCUCCAUUACAACCAAGGCCUGAAAAUUCAGAAGUUCGGAAAGAAACCGAGAGAAAAAAAAACAAAGAGAGUAAAUUUCACAAAACCACGGAUACCGAUAUCUGAAUCGGUUGAUCCACGCGCGAUGAGAAGGCAAGACGGCAACUGCGAGGUCAACUCCUCCAUAGCCCUCCUGCAGGAGAGGUUCAGGAACCUGCAGAAGGUGAGGGAGAUGAGGGAGGGGAAGGAGCAGCUGCUGCAGUCGCCGCCGCUGACGGCGGCGAUGGCCGGUGCAACUACCAGCCUGGCCGCUGCUGCUGGUGGUCAUGAGCAGCCGAGGUGGUUCUCCCACCCGGAGCUAGUCCGGCCGUCGAGGCCGGCGCUCCGGCGGGCCGACGCCGCCGAGGCCACCGGGCAGCCGCCGGCGGUGAGCGUCGGCCGAGCCGCGCUGGUGCUGCAGAGCACGGGAUGCAGAGGCGACGUGGAGGUGGACACCUCGCUUCACCUGUGAACUGCAUGAAAAUAUAAUAGCUAGCUGCCUAGUUCUUCCGAAUUGAUCGAUUUCCUUUUGAACCUCUUGAUUAAUUUUGGUUUUGUUUUUGUUGAAAUCAUGCAUGUAUGCGCUCGUACGUAGAUGCUGUUUAAAUUUAAAUUUGGUUGUAGUUCAUGUUGAUUAGAUAUUUAGAUGAGCUUUAGGUUGUAGAGGGAGUGUAAGUGUUGUGAAAUUUAAUUCUCAAAAAAAAAAACUACUAACUACCGGGAAUCACUGUUUUGGGGUUUUUUUGUGAGCAGAAAUUCCAAGGGAAAAAAAAGGAAUUUCACCUAUUUUUUUUGCUGAAUUUGAAUAACUUUGCUGCUAACAGACUCACUUUUCAGUCCAUGAUUUCGGACAGAAAUUGUGAACCCUGCAUAAGUAUAUGCUUCUCUGUCAUAAGAAAUAGUUAGAAGUACUUAUAUUUUAGAUAGAGUGAACACAUAUUUCACGGUUGUCUAGCUUCUGUACCAAAGCUAAAUCUAACUGUCUACUACCACGGUCCUAAUAUAACUGCAUUAGUAAAUUUUUGUAUUUAACGUUUGACCGUUCGUCUUAUUUAAAAAAUU